UCUACAUAGCGCUGUCUGUGUGCACGCGCUCGUCUUUCCCUGUGUUCUCUCUCUCUCUCUCUCUCACUCAUACACGCACACGGGAACACGCAGACCAGGACACACAGACCAAGGGAGGGAGAGUGAGAGAGUGAGAGAGAGAACACAUCGCAGCCGAGAUGCAGCAGAAGGUUUUUCGAGGUUUAAGAGCGGGGUCAUGGUGUCGGGAGAGGAUGGCUGGGACCCUCUCCAGACCUGCACUGUGCUCUUGGAGCUGAAUGUGCAAUACAUGGCAACUCCCGUCCCGUUUUAUACCAACAUAAUCAAAGAUGCACAGUGUUAUCUACAUCUAGGAGCUGUCGUCUCUGGGCUUGACCAUCUUUAAACUGCAGUCUUCUUGAUCUGAACCUUCUGUUCUCCAUCAUCCUUCAACUUCUGCACUGAAGAUAGAGAUAAAACAGACACUCGGAGUCUUGAAUUUUCCAGGAUCUUGUUGGGACUCCAGAUAGACCCUUUGAAUGUCUAGUGCUCUGAUUUAGACCAACUAUAGCCUUGGAGAGCAUCUCAGAGGAUUUAAACAAGGAUCCAAUGAAACACAGAAAUAAGCACAUUAGAGGAGACAGGAUGGGAGAGGGCACAGAGGAGGCAAAUGGUGCCAAAACAACAAGGAUAUCACUUAGUUUUCCCCUCAGCGCGGGAUUGCCUGGCUUUUCUGCACAGAAGCACUGUUCCUCAUCUCCCCCCACAUCCUUUUCUGACGUCCAUAGCAGAGAUGGUUCAGAUGGCACGGUAUGGAUGGGGGAAACAUACAGAGACAAACAGUUAUCCAAAACGUCAUCAAAAACUGACCGUUUGCCAUGCUCUUCCUCCUCUUUCCCUGUCGAUCUAACUGCUCCAGUCAGUAAGAACUGCAAGUCAUCUCUGUCAGUUUCUGUUGAUGGCAGUGGUUCCCGAUACCCAGCAUCUCCUUUACAACACUCCAAUAAAAUGGACAGUCCAAAGGAAACAGCUGGGGUUAGUCUCAAUAAUGGAUACAAAGAGCAUUCAACGACAGAAACAGCACAUAUCCUUUUCAACCUUAGUGCAAGAGCCUACCAGGACCAAGGUGUAAAGGACCCAGAGAGUUCAAAAGGCAAAAAACGCAAAGCAAACAGCCUUCAUGUUGAACUGAGCCUUCCUCUCCCCAGCAUCAACCCUCCCUCUUCCUCAUCAACUCCUCCUCCUCAUUCGCCCUCGUCUGUCUCUCUAACUUCCUCCCCCUUGACUCUCCCCACAGCAUCUUUCCAUGACUCCUUUAGGGCAGUGCCGAAGCCAGAACUACUGUGUGGGGUGUGUCACCGUCUGUUCAGCACUGCAUCGUCCCUCACUGUCCACAUGCGUCUCCAUCGGGGGGGACGAGUACUCAGCUGCCGCCACUGUGGCAAAGCCUUCAUCCAUAAUAAAAGACUGCAAUCCCAUGAGGCCACCUGCAGGCAAGGACUGCCAGCUUUUCCAGUGCCACCCAAAGAAGAGCCCCUGGAGGAGGGUGAAGUGGAGGGGGAGAGAACAGAUGAGGCUGCAGAGCCAGAACAGCUUGGACAAGAAACAAGGCCUGGCCAACCCACAAAGAAAGUGCGAGACCUUCACACCCGUCAUGCUGAAGCAGUGACAUGCGGGGAUACCCUGGGGGAUGACGAUCACUUUGUAAAAGUGGUGGAUGGACAUAUCAUUUACUUUUGCUCAGUGUGUGAGCGCUCUUACAUGACAUUGUCCAGCCUGAAGCGACACUCCAAUGUGCAUUCCUGGCGCCGAAAGUACCCCUGUCACUUCUGUGACAAGGUUUUUGCUCUGGCUGAGUAUCGUACUAAACAUGAGGUGUGGCACACUGGUGAGCGACGCUACCAAUGCAUCUUUUGCUGGGAGGCAUUUCCUACCUACUACAACCUUAAGACACACCAAAAGGCUUUCCAUGGCAUAAAUCCAGGCUUGAUCUCAAGUGAAAAAACAGCUAAUGGUGGCUACAAGCAGAAGGUCAAUGCCCUUAAACUUUACCGCCUGCUGCCCAUGCGAUCUCUAAAGCGACCUUACAAAACCUAUAGUCAGCCAAUGGCUGAUGGACUACUAACUUCUGACUCAACUGUUAACCUGCCUUUGUCUGUAGAUGGCAGCCUCCCACAGCCCUUGGACACAAAGAAAUUGGAGUCUUUCCUGAAAGAUCUUCAAAACCAAGACAUCAAGGCUGAGGCUGAGGGAUUCCCCAUCAGGGUAGACAUAGAGCAGGUUAAAGAGAUAGCAUCGCCUCAAACAGACAUGGCACUAGAAGCAGGAGAGGUAGAGGAUUCAGACUUAUGGCCAUCAGGUAAUAACAACGGCAAAGGCCAAACUCCAAAGUGCCCAGAAAGAGCUGUGUCUUCAGUCAUAGCAUUUGCACGCAGUAAACCCUCAGUCAUAAUGCACAGCACUGCUGUUUCUUCCUCUGUCAUUGUCCACAGAAAUAAGACAGACUCUGAAGAGAGAAAAAGAAGUCCAGAAAAGCAUCAAGUGGCAAAGAUCAAAGAUCAAAAAACGAUAAAAAAACAUAGCCAGAAAGAGCACACAGAGGCAAAGAGGGAGUGGAAUGCUGUCAGUUUAGACCCAGGGGUCUCAAAAAUCAGACAUCCAACAGAGAAACUUCACAAGGGACGAAAAGUUCACCAUAAAACAGAUUCAAGUAAAACAAUACCUUUAGCGGUGGGAUCAGAAGUCAAAGGGACUGGUCCACUUUGUCAGAUAACUGUGCGCAUAGGGGAGGAGGCAAUUGUCAAAAGAAGCAUCUCAGAAACAGAUCUAAGAAGAGACAAAAGCCCUACACGAAGCAAACCCAAAAAAAGUAACCUCUUACAAGACAAACAGAGAGAGCAAAGACACACCCAUCAUCACCAACGUAAACAUCGCAACUCCAAUCAGGAAGGAAAGGAGAGGGAGCCCAAAAGGAAAAGCCCUAAAGUCAAAACCAAAGUGAGGAAAUACUUCUUCCGGCAGGAAGUCAGAGAGGACAGAAAUGAACAUGAUGUAGAGGACAACCUGUGGAGGCCUUACUAUUCUUACAAACCCAAACGAAAGGUCCUUCAUUUACAAGGAGCUAAAGCUUGGAAACGCAAAAUGCACUACAAACGAUCCCUGAGGCCUAUGAGGAGAGCUGAGAGACUCAUAAAAAAUAAUUUGAAUAAAGAUGCUUAUGAUGAAGAUGCAGAUGAGAGAGAGGAAAAUAGGCAGAAAGAAAAGACAGAACAGAGGGAGGUUAGUGAUCCACUUAAAACCGAAGUCAAAGAAAUUUCAAACUCUUUCCCUGUCUCUUUAAGAACAGAACAGAAGGAAAAAGAAAACGGAACACAUGGAAAGCCUGAUCUCCCUCUUCCUUCAACUGUUCCUCAGGCUACACCUAAUCCAACACACACAGCAUCCUCUAUUAUCAAGCAACGAUGGUCAGAAGAUCAAGCCUCUGAGUGUGGAACAUGUGGGCGCUGGUUCUCUAGCCCAAGAAAACGAGACAAACAUGAAAUGACACAUCUAUUUGAGUUUGUAUGCAUGCAUUGCAGAGCUCCGUUCCCCUCACAGUUUAAGUUAGAGGAACAUCAGAAAACUCAGCAUCCCAAAAACAAGCCCCCGUCUGCCCCUACUUUCUACACUUCACAGUCAUCAAAAGGUGAGGUGGAAAUGAAAGUGGAUGAUGAUGGAAUGAAUGGACGGUCCAUUGAGAAAGGCAGCCCAGUUCGCUUGGGCAGGAGGCCUUUGAUCAGAUACACAUGCUCAAAAUGUGAUAAGGUCUGCAAAACCUCUGCUGCACUUAACUGCCACCUCAAGCGACAUGAGUUAGGGAGUUUAACAGAGGUUGAAGAUGCACAGGAAAAGCAAGACAUGCCAAGUUACACACCUCCAGCGGUGGAUACUAUACCAAGCAUAGGUUUAGACACCAACUGUGAGCAAGUAAAGCCUGUGUCUGUCAUAUAUUACUCCAAACCAGAAUGUCAAAAUACAGAUAACCAACUGGGUGAGAAGAUGGAAGAACACCAAAGAGUAAGAGACUGUGAAAGCCCCAAGGUGACAAAGAAUGAAAAAGUUCACAGUCCACGUUGUGCACAGUUUUCCCAAGUUAUUCACAGCCCCACUUUAGAAAGAUUUAACGUAAUUUCUCCAAACCUCCCUAGUGUUUUAGUAAUGAAUGGUGCAGAGUGCCUAGACUACAGGACACCAGAGAAACAAAAUUUAGAAAAACUAGAUCAGCAGAAAAGAAGCCAGACACCAAGUGACAGACAAAUCCAAGUUUCUCAAAUGCCGACAGAGCCUCAGAUUAGAAGAGAAACAACUCCAUCUGUACCAAUAUCACUAAAAACAGGCAGAGGUUAUGCAUUUACAGACUGUGACAUAAAUCCAAAUCAAGAUUUCAGUGAUUUACAAGAUGCUCAGGAUCUAAGAAUCUUUCCUCAAUCUAGCAGUCAAGCCCAAGACUUGUCCAUGCCAACAAUACAGGCAAAAAAGAGGGAGCUUGAUGAACAGAUUAAACAUCCAUCCAACAUCUUAAAAGCCCAGUCUUGUAAUGAGGAGGUGUCAUUGCUAGUGCCCAAAGAGGAGCCACUCAGUCCUAUUCCGUCUCCCACAUGCUCUGUCAUUCAAACCACUCCUAAAGGUCUUUCUCAAAGGUAUUCAAAGUCAAUGUGUCACUCUCCAGAACCCCUGGACUUACAGUUGCGACCACAGUUGGAUCAUGGCCAAUCACACAGAGGAAGACACAACUCAGAAAAACAGGGUCUUAUGUUGCCAGCAAAUUCAGCUGGUAUAAGCGAUCCUUCUUCCCCCACCCUGCUAAAUCCUCAAGUGCCCGCAGCAGAGCCUGAAUUAAAAGACAUCACCUCUGGUACUCAUACAGAACACCACAGGGUCUCGGGCUACCCUGUGCAGGAGUAUUCUCUUCCCAUGGUUAUACCUGGAGGAUACUGUUCUGGUAAGAAACAGGAAGAGCAAAUCCUGAUGUCUUACCCUGCUGGACCCCUUCCAUUUCCUCCACUUGGGAAAAUGGUACCCCAUGCUGACUCCCCUAAACUGCCCUUUUACCACGACCCUUAUCACCUACUGUAUGGCCCACAGCUACUGCCAUACCCUUAUAACCUUGCUGCCCUUCCAAUGGCUCUAAAUAUGAUGGCAUCAGGGGACAAAGAGCCCUUGCCCUUCUUGCCUUUUUUUAAUUAUGCCGCCGCAGCUGCCCCUUUAACAGGCACAUUGCCCCAUCCUUUAGUGAUGAACCCCAGCCUAUACAACAGUGGCGGCAGCAGUAGCACAAAGCAGGACAACCCAUAAGUUAGUACACAACGGCAGCAAGGGAAUACCUGUAAAAGAGCAGAGAAGGCCAUUAAGGGUGGAAAUGAUGUUUUUUCUGUUUGUUAACUCUUGCACAGCUCUUACGUCUCUUUUGUAAAGCAGCAAAUGUAUAGGCAUUCAUAGGAAUCAAAUGUGGUGGAACGAUGGAGAGUGUCUUGAAGACAAAGAAGAAAGGAUAUGAGGGGGUAAAGAACAAAUAAUAUAACGCCCCCUUCAGGCACUGCCAAGAUGCACCUCCAACACACCACCCUUUGCCUCUUCUGUAGUGUUGAUAAAGCUGGGAUCUCCAUCCUCUCAGAGUCAUUAUGAUAUCAGAGAUAAAGUGAACAAUAACAGCUAAAAGGAUGUGUGUUUUUCUAAAUGAAUUCUGUCUGCUUCCCAUAAUAGGGACAGUAUAACAACAAUAAUGAUAAUAAUAGUUAAUUAUACUGCUUACAGUUAUACAAGGGUGGCUUAUCAUCAAACGCUAAAUGUUACGCCUGAAGUGGCUCAACAUACUCAACACACAGGGAAGGAAGAUGCAACAGCGUUUAUGUGUGUGCGCAUGAGUGUGUACAGUGUGUGAAUUUGUAUAGAGGUAAUGCAUGGAGAAAUUGGGGUAGCUCAUAGUGUCAUAUCUUACAACAUCGGUACUCCAGUCAUGUGUUUUCCAGUAUUUUGGCUUUAUGUGUGCCUGCAGGUUUGUGUAAGUGUAUUUGUGGGGUGUGUUGGGGGUGUAGGCAUGCACACUUAAAAAUCAUUUGUGCUGCAUCAGCCUUGGCCAGGUCCUUGGAAGUUCACGUAAAAAGCAUCAUUCCUGGGAAAGCUGUUAUAAUCUUAAUAGGUCAGAAAAUAGAAAACAUAGAUGAAGUUCUUCUUUCGUAAGUUAUAGCAUAGCAACUUGAUGGUGUAGCUACAUGUCAUAUGGAUAAAACAUAUUAUGUGAUGCCUUCACUAACCAGGAUUAUCAUGACAAGAUCAAGUGUAUGGUGAUUUAGAAUACACUCUACAUUUGCCCAUGUUAUGCCUAGAGACAGAUUCCGUUUCACAUAGUUUGGUUUGUAGGAUGUGGCUAUUAAUCCUUGAUCAUUUAUAAAAUAAGUCUGUGUACUUCCAAUACUCCUGCCAACAAUUUCAUCUCUUCCAGCAACAUACGUUCCAGUCGACUUCAUGUUAGUGGCCUUCUCCUCCCCACUGCCCCCUGGUGUCCACCAAAGACACUCCAUUCACUUGACUUGAUUUGAGAUGCGACAGAUAGAGUGAAACCAAGUGAAGAACAAUAUAGCGUGAGAGCGUGAGCUAAAAUAGGAGCAAAGUGGAGAAAUGUGUAGACGUGGAGUAUGUUAGCACAACGGAGCUUCCUUUGUAAAGAGAAUAGAGGCGGUAGUUGGAGAAUGUUAGGUUUAGCAAAACAAAAUCUACUACGUAGAAGCAAGCCACCAUUUCUGUUGGUGUUUCUGUUGGCAAAGACAGGGAGAGGAUGUCAGUCCGUUCUGACUCCCUGCAGGGCCUGCACUAUGGGACUUAUAGCACUGGAGUGGCUUAAGCUCUCCCUUGUACUUUCUUGUUUUUGUUUUUUUUAAAUUUUGUUUUACACUAUAUUAUGUUUGAUUGACAUAUUUCCUAUUUUGGUAGUGAGACAAGGCUUGUACUCGAAGCUCGUUCCAGUACACAAGAAUAUGAAUGUAAUUUAGUCAUGAGGUUAAAAAAUAAAGACAGUAUGGUAGAUCAUUUCUGUAUGCUGACUUGAAAAAUAACAUGUAAAACUGAACCGCUAUGAGGUAUUCAUAUACAUAUAUAUAUAUAUCUAUAUAUAUAUACAGUAGUCAUAGAGAUAUGUCAAGGAAGUUGGAUUCAAUAUAACCACAACGCAUGAGCAACAAUUGCUUCUACAGUAUCUUCUGGUGUUGUCACAAAACUCCAUUUUCCUUCAUAAGUGGUUCUUCAUUAUGUUCUGCUCUUUUUCUCUCAAGACACGUCCUCACAAAACUUUUUUAACCCCUCAGUAUCAACAUUUUAACUCUAAAACCAAAAAGAAAAACUCCUAUGUUGCCUUAUUUCUUUCCCCUAAGCAUUACGAAAGCUUUUCAAACGCCACCCUUCCAUCUCCAGCUCUUUCUCAUUCCAAAAUCCUCCAUUUCCCUGUCGAUUCUCAAUAUUUUACCCUCUCCCUUUGAAGUGAGUGUGAAACUGUGCAAUGUAGCCGCAGCACUGUUUAUUUCCUGAGGGUUAAACACAAUGCAAUGAACGGUUGUGGAUCAUGUAGCUUCACUCGGGUGUGAGUACAAGCCUUUUGUUUGCAUCGUUUGUGUGUGAGACAGGGAAAGGGUGUGUGGUGGUGAAGGAAAAACCAAAACAAGGUCUAUCUCCCUUGAUAGUUACCAACAAACUUGUGUUUGAUUUUGGACCUGUUCUUUUUUGCUGUGUUUUCUCCACCACAAAAAUGUUCAAUGAAUUUUAGAGACAUGUAAAUUAUGUCAACUACCUGUACCAGUCAUUGGCAGCAGAUGUUCAAUUUAUGUAAACGAAUGUACAAAUUGUGGAGAGGUGUCACUAGAAAACGUGACAACUAUUUUCAGAGAAUGAAUAACAUUGGCUUUUGUAUAUUUAUUCUUAUUUUCCGACCUUUUGAAAUUAUGCAUUUAAAUCUGAAUGGAUUGAAAUAUUCGCCCAAAUAUCAAAUGCUAAAUUCUGAAUCAGUAACUGGUUAAAAUCUGGACUAAAUCUAAAAUUCUGAUGUUUACAUACAAGAUGCCUUUGCAUUUUUUAUUUAAAUAAGCUAAUAAGAAUAUGCACAUAAUCUGAAUGCACCUUACAGAGACAAAAUUGUGAUACCAUUUUCUAUAAAACACUAUAUUUAAGUUUUACUUUUGGGGAACAUCAAAAUGAGUUACGUUCUUGUGUUCCUGUUCAUCCAUCAGCAAACAUUCAAUAAAACCCAGUGGAUAGUCUGCUUAAAAGAGGUCCCUUGUGACUGUGUGGGCUACUACUACUAUUACUACUACUACUACUAGUCCUACUUUAAAAAUAUAUAUAUAUUUAUGGGUCAGCAUCUGGAUAGACUACUGAAAAUUUGCACAGACCAAUUAAAAAAAACAAGCCUUUUUGGGGGCAUGUGUACUGAAAUAAUCCCAGAUUUGUUCAGUGUGUUUGGUUUUGAACAACACAUGAAAUACAAAAUAAUAAUAUCAGCUUGGUCCACCUAGAACAAGGACCCUUUAAAGCACAGGUCUCAAACUCAAUUCCUGGAGGGCCGCAGCUCUGCACAGUUUUGCUCCAACCCUGAUCAAACACAGCUGAUUCAACUACUGAAGGUGUUCAUGAGUCUUUUGAACACCUUGAUUAUUUAGAUCAGCUGUGUUUGAUCAGGGUUAGAGCAAAACUGUGCAGAGCUGCGGCCCUCCAGGAACUGAGUUUGAGACCUGUGCUUUAAAGGCUUCAAUUUUCAAUCCAAAUCUACCAGGUGCAUAUGUUCUGCACUUGGUCAUAGUUGUAGGCAUGUGACUCAAUCGUCUGGUAUUUUGUGACAAUGUUAUAUUGUGCCAUUGUUUUAGAGGUCCACAUUAUAUUUGGGCAGUUUCAAAGACGUGAAAUGUUUGAAAACUUUAUUUGUGUCUUGUUGACUUUGUGACCAUUUAAUACAGAGGUUUGUUGGCACACAUUGCCAAUUCAAGUCUACAAUCUGCAGUUCAUUUUUUUUUGCUCCUGUUCUCUUUACUCCAUCUGUCCACACUACAACCAUACAAAUAAAGUAUUAACCUGAUGACGUGCAAAA